ACGGGAGGUCCCAGUGAGUAGCGGAAAAUGGCAGAUUCGCCGCAAGACAAUAUGACCACCCGGUCGUUGCUGAAGCAGAUUAUAGCGACAGAGCCGACUCGCUCCGCUGUGAGGUAUAACCUCAGAAAGAGAAGCUCGCAACAUGAGAGAACUCCUUCCUCUCGCACUCCUCAGAGGCGCAAUACAAAUGGCACCGUCUCCUCCCCGUUACACACUGUACACAGUAAAAUGAAGGAGAGAGUGAGACGUUCCCUGCGCAGAGAGUCCUCUGUGAAUCCGAAAAGGCAAAGUCUUCCUCUUACCGACCUUCCUGUUACUCGGAAAGGAGCCAGGGGCCUUCAGGGCUACGUGGAGGAUUUAGAUGGGAUCACCCCAAGGAGCCUGUUGAGGAAAAUCAUUCAGAAUGAGCCUGAGGUCUCCCUGAUUGUCUCUCAGAAAUAUGACCCAGUCGCUUCCACAGAACCAGAAACGACUUUGGGCCGUUCCUUGAGCAGUGUUGGCGACUUAGGAAUCAGCCUCCAGCAGCUGCAGGAAGAUGAGGGGACACGUGCAUUUGGGAAGGCUAAAAAGAAGAAGAGGCGGAUGAGUAUUUCACAAUUCGAAGAAGGGGUGAAUCUAAGACUGACCCAACCCGAGGAACACUCUGAAGACGUGACCCAACAAAGCCAAAUUGAUUCCAUGAGUCUGCACGAGCUACAGGAAGAUGAGCGGACCAAUGCAUUUGGGAAUGCCAAAAAGAAGAAACGCAUGAGCGUCACGCGGUUUGAACAAGGAGUUGAGCAAAGGCUGACGCAGACUGAAAUGAGCCAUUUUACCCAGCCAAGUAAAGUUCGACCAUUGCUGGCAGACCAAUCCAGCAUAACAACAUUUCUUCAGAGUAGUAACCUGGAUACCUCGGCUGAACCAGAACUUGUGCAAAAGCACGGGUUAGUGCGCAGACCAAGAAAAUUUAACUUUGUCUCUUUAGAAGACUUUGAGCAAGGAGUGCAUGAGAAUUACAACCUCUUGAAAGGCUCCCAGGAAUGCUUUGUAGAAUCGGCUUCAGAAGACACGGACAUUCAAAAUGAAACCGCUCAUAUGAACACAGAGCUGUAUGCCCAACCAGGAAGCGGUGAAAGAAACCCUCCAAGAACUGAUGCAUCACAAAAGGCAACAGAGGAGGCAAACCUUUCCAAUGAACAGCAAACCAAGGAAAUAUAUGAGAAGCCAAUGGAAAAUGAAAUUGAGGAGUCGUACAUUCAGCCUUUAACACAAAAGCAAAAUCUUAAAUCAGAUUCCCAAUUGGAAGGUGAAUUUAAGGACUAUCCACUAAAUGCUGUUGAUAGUGAAGAAGCAACAAAUGAAAGCAUACAAGCCAUCAGUAAUGCAGUUGAUGGAGAGGGGCAGCUUAUUUUAAGAGAGAGUCCGAUACACGAUUCAUACAAGCAUAUCAGCCAAACAAACGAAGGAAAAGAAGACCAAGAAUCUUCCAUUCCUAAUGCCCCUGAAGUAAGUGUAAUGUUAAUCUCCCCAGAGUUGACACCUGAUGCUCACAUGGAAUAUGAAAGCUUUGCAACACCUGUCUUCAAGUCACCAGAAAUUGAGCAAAAGCCACCAGAAGCUAGCAGAAAAGAGAGCUUAUCCCCAACAAAUAAUUCAUGGGGCAGUCACCUUCGAAAGCCCACAACCCAGGUUUCUAGUCCUCUUCCUUCUGCAUUGUCUUCUAUAACAGAAAAGGAGGGUGAUCAGCCGGAAGAUAGCCAACUGAGUGAACAGUCUGAAGAAUUGAUGGCAAAAGGUACCGAUACUGCACUAGAGGAAAGGACAAUUACGGAUUCAGAGGAGUCCAGGAGCGAUGAACUGUCCUUUGUGGUUAACCAGAAAGUGACCUCCGUUAAGCAAAUGCUUUAUCCACUGACUGACACACCAGCAUAUGUCAAAAAUGCCAACCUUAAGAUCACCAAAAAACCCCAAGCUGGCAAAAUAGCUCAGAGAAAGAAAAACAACGAAACAAGGAAAAAGGAGCCUGGACUUUCAAGCAGCUUUGUAAAGCAGUUAGUGAAACACAGCACUCGGAUGAAAGUAGCAAAAGAUUCGUACAAAGAGGUAGAAAAGUGUUUGAACGUAUAUUUUGAGCAGCUGUGUGGCGAUUUAACAGCAUAUGCAACGCAUGCUAAUAGAAAGACUGUCACUUGCGCUGACAUUGAGCUCCUGAUGAGGAGGCAGGGACAUGUGACUGAUGCAGUGCCUCUUAACCUAUUAAUUGAGCGACAUUUACCCAUGGAGUACAGGAGAUGCUUAAUUCCUUGUGCUUCCAGUGGAAACAAGGUCUACCCUAAGACUAAGUUAUAAAACUGCAAUUGUAAUUAUAUUUUCUAUAUACUAUGGCUAUUAUUGGUGUAAAGUAAACAUUUAUAGCACUUUG